AUGGUCAAAGUCGCAGUCGCUGGAGGCACCGGAGGUGUUGGGCGCACGAUUUUCGAGGUUCUAUCCUCGUCUUCCCACCAGGGUUUCGUUCUGUCGCGACGACCAUCGAGUGAUAACGCCCCGAUCAUCACCGUUGAUUAUGAUAAUAUCGACGACUUAACGGCCGUCCUGGAGUCGUGGAAAAUCCACACCGUGAUCUCAGCAUUCGCUGUCGAGGGCGAUUCCUUAUCCAAAGCCCAGGCAAAUCUAAUCGAGGCGGCAAAACAGUCCAAGGAGACAAAACGGUUCAUUCCUAGUUCUUUUGCAAUUCCGUAUCCGCAGAAUGCUCUGCAAGUCCUACCGCAGUUGAAGGAUUACUUUGAUGCUAUCGAAACACUGCAAAAGUCGGACCUGGAGUGGACGGUAUUCCAUAAUGGGAUCUUCCUAGACUACUUUGGUGGCCCUGCGAUGAAGUCCUACCUGAAGCCUAAUGUAUUCGUCAUUGACAUUGCCAACAAAGUCGCUGCGAUUCCAGGAGAUGGCAAUGCGCCUGUUACCUUCACGUACACAUUUGACCUGGCCAAGUUCAUCGUCGCCUCUCUCAGUCUCGAAAAAUGGCCACAGGAAAGCAAAGUCAUUGGAGACGAGAUGACCUGGAACGAGUUUGUCUCGCUGGUUGAGAAUACCCUUGACUGUAAAUUUAAAGUCCACUACGAUUCCGUCGAUAAGCUCAAGGCGUUUGAAAUUACAGAGCUACCGGGCCAUCGAGCGCUGUACGAACAUUUUCCCAAGAAAGCCUUUGCAUGGUUUAUGUCGAUAUUCGAGCUUUUUACGACAGACGGACAGUCUUGUAUUUCAAAAGAGGGCUCUCUAAAUGAUCAGUUCCCGCAUAUAAAGCCACUCACUGUGAAGGGCAUGUUAGAGCAGUAUUGGAAAGCAGAUUGA